AUGGUUCUUACUGAGCUUAUGUCCCAUAUACGAAACAAUGGUGAGUUGGAGGAUAGGGACCUGAUCAUAGAAUACCGGGAGGUGUUUGCGUCAGCGCUCAGACUCGCUGACAGGCUCGUCGCCUCCAAGCAGCGCGAGGCAAAGGUUGCCUCGUGCGGACGAGGAGUCAGUGCUCUGCCAGAGACCAUAGACAGACACUGGGAGGAGGUCUGUCAGGGCUCUGAGUGCUGGAGGGAUUGGUGGAAUUCAGGUAGGCCGAAACAACUGCGGCACGCCCCUGAGCUCACCAUUCUGCCCACCCAGCCAGGCAAUCGAACACCACCGGAGGCUACUCCCAGCAGUACAUCAGUAGCCGAACCCCCACCCCCACCUCCGCCCUCCUCUACACCUGUCUCCCUUCCUACAAGUUCCGGCUUAAACACCUCCACCUCGCAGACACACAGUACUGCAACCUCCACACAGAACCAAACCCACACCAAUACCUUGCCAGCAGUACCACCGACCCCCCCGGCAACACCAGUACCACCGACCCCCCAGCAACACCAGCACCAGCCCCAGCCCCAGCAGCCCCGGCUUCCUCCACGAGCACCGCUGGCAACACCACCACCAGGAAAAGAAAAGUAUAAAAAAAAGAACCGGAACAGCGAGGUCAGAGGAGCCUCUACCACCCAGGGGGCCGUCCCCUCAAGGAGACAGACCCCAGCCAAACCCACGCAGAUUUGCCGGUACUGCAAUCGGAAGGGCCACAGUACUGAAGACUGCCACACCAGGACUGCUGAGUUGAGGCAGGAGCGACUGCUACGGCAGGUCCUCUCGGAGGGGGGAUACUUAGCCGCUGCCUCCCCAUCAGUAACACCACACUUGCAGCCCUUUCCGCAGUCUCGCCCGUUUUUCAGCUCAGCCUGUUAA